AUGGUGAAGAAGUCCAUCAAGAAGGAGCGACGGAAAAUACUCGUCCAAACUCAGGAGAAAUGCCUCCAACGUCAUAAGACGGCCAAUGCGGAGAAGAUUCCAGAAGGGGAUGUGCAUAUACCGAAUAAAUGGAAGCGACAAGAGCUCGUCGGACGACAAUAUAGGGAGAAGAAGAAGGUUAAGAGGGAGACUAGAAAGCAAAGACAAGAAGCUAGAGCUAGAGGAGAGGAGGUCGAUGUGCCGGUGACUACGACUAUCGAAAUGAUGAGGGAAGCAGAUGUUACGAUGCUGCCUCCAGAAGGGGAUGAGGAGGUUAGGGCGGAUGAGAGGAUGGAUGAGUUCAGCAAUAAUCAGCUUGUCGUGAAGAUGGAGACUGAUAGCUAA